GUGUUAUUUUUUGAAAUAAUGACUUUUGUGGAACCAGUGCCAUCAGGGUAUUGGCUUUCCAUAUAUGAAAUUAUGGGGACUUUCUUGUUUCAGACUUUGAAAUAUACAAGCCGUGGCUAUGCAUCACAGCGUACUUUAAAUGAGGUGGUGAUAGCAAGUGCUGUAAGGACACCGAUUGGAUCUUUCCAAGGAUCUCUUUCAUCAUUGCCAGCCAAUAAACUUGGUUCCAUUGCAAUUAAAGGAGCAAUUGACAGAGCAGGUAUCCCUGCAGAAGAAGUGAAAGAGGCUUAUAUGGGUAAUGUCUUGCAGGCUGGACAAGGACAAGCUCCUGCAAGACAGGCAGUCUUGGGUGCAGGUCUAGCAAUCUCCACUCCUACUACAACUGUCAAUAAAGUCUGCGCGUCAGGAAUGAAAUCCAUCAUGAUGGCAGCACAGAGCCUGAUGUGUGGGAGUCAGGAUGUAAUGGUUGCUGGUGGAAUGGAGAGCAUGUCUAAUGUGCCCGACACGAUGAGCAGAGGGUCAACACCUUAUGGAGGAGUGAAGCUGGAAGACCUGAUAGUAAAAGAUGGACUGACAGAUGCUUAUAACCAUAUCCAUAUGGGCAACUGUGCUGAGAACACUGCCAAGAAGCUCACUAUUUCACGGGAGGAACAAGACACUUAUGCCAUAGGCUCUUACACCAAGAGCAAAACAGCCUGGGACUCAGGGGUGUUGAAAAAUGAAAUAGUUCCUGUCACUAUUUCAAAGAAAGGAAAGCCAGAUACAGAAGUGACAGAAGAUGAAGAAUACAAACGUGUGGAUUUCAGUAAAGUUCCAAAGCUGAAAACUGUUUUCCAAAAAGAAAACGGGACAGUUACAGCUGCUAAUGCCAGUACCCUGAAUGAUGGAGCAGCUGCUUUGGUGCUGAUGACUACAGAGGCAGCCAAGAGACUGAAAGUCAAACCAUUGGCACGGAUAGUAGCUUUUGCAGAUGCUGCUGUUGAUCCUAUUGACUUCCCAAUUGCACCUGCAUAUGCUGUUCCCAAGAUUCUGAAUGAAGCAGGUCUGAAAAAGGAAGAUAUUGCCAUGUGGGAAAUUAAUGAAGCAUUCAGCGUUGUGGUGCUGGCCAAUAUCAAAAUGCUGGGAAUUGAUCCACAAAAAGUAAAUAUUAAUGGAGGUGCUGUGUCUCUUGGACACCCAAUAGGAAUGUCUGGAGCAAGAAUUGUUGUUCACAUGGCCCAUGCACUGAAACAAGGACAGUAUGGUCUGGCAGGAAUUUGCAAUGGAGGAGGAGGUGCUUCUGCAAUCCUGAUACAGAAGCUGUAGCCCAAGUAGCAUCAGAAACAGCCUGAAACGUGCUCCGAUCAAAAUCAUGUGUGGUAGCUGUUACCCCUUAUUUAUCAAUCAGUGGAUGAAUUCUGUAACUGCUAUUCUGAGAUUUCUGAAAGCAUCAUUGAUUACUGAUACAGACACCUGUGCUUUUAUUACUUACCAGUGCAAGUUUUUAUACAGUACAACUAAAGAAUGUCAAAUUAUGUCUUGAGGCCUGACAAUAAAGAAUGUUAACU